AUGACCUGGAUGCUGGUGCUCAUCUUCGUCACGGCCCACCCAGGAUGCUGUACCCUCUGGGUAUCCCAGCCCCCUGAGAUUCACACCCAGGAGGGUGUUGCUACCAUCCUGCCCUGCAGCUUCAACGCCUCCCGGGGGAGACCGGCCAUUGGCUCCGUCACGUGGUACCGGGACAAGGUGGCUCCAGGGAAGGAAGUGAAGAACGAAACCCCAGAGUUCAGGGGCCGCCUGGGCCCCCUGGCCUCUUCCCGGUUCUUUUACGACCACCAGGCUGAGCUUUGUAUCUGGCACACCUCGAGCCGUGAUGCGGGCGUCUACGUCUGCAGCGUGGAGGUGCUGGGCCUGGGCGUCGGCACAGGGAAUGGGACUCGGCUGGUGGUGGAGAGAGCCCCUCCUCCGCUAGAGGCCAGCACAGUCCUCUUCCUCCGGGCUGGAUUCUACGCUCUCAGCUUUCUCUCUGUGGCCGUGGGCAGCACCCUCUAUUACCAGGGCAAAUGCCACUGUCACCUGGGGACACAUCGCCACUCUUGA